AAUCUACUACUCCCCUCAAUACAGAAAUAAAAAAGAGAAGUUCCAAAUCUCGGUCUAAAUCUGUAUUAUGUAAUAAUGAGCUCUGCUCUCACAUAUCUGAUUCAAUACCUACUAAUAACUCUACAAAAAAAAUAAGUAGUGAGGAUCUAGGUGCAUUAUAUGAAAAAGAAGCCAGAAGAGAUGAGAAAAAUAAAGCAAAUAUGAAUCGCCUAUUAGCUACUACUUAA